GCCCGGCCUGGGGGGGCCCGGCCUCGGGCCCGGCCCAGCCUGGCUCCCUUAGUUCCAGGGGGAGUGGUUUGUGCUGGGCCUGGCGGGCAGCACCCACAGCAAGGCGGACCGGCGCCUGCUGAGCCCGUUCACAGCGACGUUCUCCCAAAAUAACAAGAAGCAGCUCGAGGUGACCUAUGCCAUGGUCCGGGGCCAGCGCUGUGUCACCUGGUCGUACGUGCUGAUUCCCACGGCCCGGCCGGACGUGUUCUCCGUGGAGAACCGCGGGGAGCUCGGGACGGACACGGAGGACGUGUGGGUGCAGGACACGGACUACAGCACCUUCGCCCUCAUGAGCUCCCGCCGGCAGUCCGCCCGCCGGGCCAUCGUGAGGGUCCACCUGCUGUUCCGACUGUGGGCGAUUCAGACGGAGACGCUGGGAAAGUUCCUGUGUCUCCUCAAGGCCCAGGGCCUGUCUGAGGCCAACAUCGUCUUCCCGGACUUUCCAGACUGGGCGCCCUAUCGGACCGCCUGCUGAGGACGAAGCGGCCGGC